CUCCCUUCUGCCCUAUCUCCUACUCGACGGAAUUUAAAUAUUAUCCCACUCUUUGGAAACAAAACGAACGCAUCCCGGUACUAUUUCACCGCAAUUUAAAGCUCUCUUCCUAAAAAAGCGACGGAAUAAACGGAAUACCGACCGUGUCUAGAAGUUCAGCAGCGUCAGAUAUCAAACGGUGACUUAUGUCUAGCUAUGGAAUCAGGAAAAGUAGCCGCAUCACCUUGCGAGUUCGAAAGAGCACCUGGAAUGGAGAUCCUCCGCGUCUGUUCAUAUCAUCGGCAUGACUUCGAUCUAGCGGUUGCCAGAACAAAUUCCCGUGACCACGACCAAGUACGCAGCUCGCUGCUUCGAUCUAUCAAUGCUACGUCCUCAGGACUUGGACAUCUUCAGAUUCUGCCCCUUGAAAUUGUCUAUGAGAUAUGCUUCCUCCUUGAUAUUCAAUCUUUGCUCAACUUGCGUCAUGUCAAUCGCCGUGCGCACCAAAUCGUUAGAACGACCCGUGGCUACGAAGCGACAAUUACCCAUGCCUUUGAGGCUCUGUGUGUUAUACUAAAAACCAAAAUUGCGUCUUGGUUCACACUUUCUGACCUGUUCAAAGUACUCUGUACGAGGGACUGCCAUUUCUGCGGCUCCUUUGGUGGCUUCAUAUUUCUUCUGUCGUUCACGAGAUGUUGUUUCUCUUGCAUUCGGGAAGAUUCUCUUCCCUCCCUCUUACCAUCAUCUGUCGUGAAAAACCGCUUCAACUCGAGCCCGCGUGGCCUAUACAGCUUGGUGCCUACGAUAAGAUCAUUGCCUGGCAUAUAUUCAAUGGACGAGAUUGUGCGAAAGAAAAGAACCCAAAUCAUGCCGGCAGAAUUUAUUAGCAGAUUGUCCUUACGUGAAGCAAAUGAGAGGGCGCGAGUGGCACAAUCAAAGGAAAAGGCGUUACUACGUUAUAUGGUGACUACCGCCCUACCGUAUCUCGAUAUUAAAAGCGGUGAUGUACAGAAUGGGAUAUGCUGUAGUGGUUGCCAAAUUGCUUUGGAAAGGGCUCUGAGGUCAUCAAGGGUUCAGUCCAAUGCUUGUGCUCUACGAGACAAAGUGUACUCUUAUGAAGAAUUCAUGGAACACUUCUGGGAAUGUCGAGAAGCCCAGAACCUAUGGAUGUUGAGUAAUCAAGGGGUCGAUGUCGCUAACGUCUCGGAAUUCGUCAGGCGUGGAGGUUGGUUCAAAAAACGGGAUGUUAUUAUGUCUUUUGACAGCAAAUAGCACGCGGAAUCAACAUACACGCUCCUUCCAACGGACUGGUAUAUUGCCUACUAGCACUCGAAUAGUGCUGACUCCUUAUAAAUUGGGGAAAGGUGGGGAUUCUUUAUUGCAAU